AGAGUUGCCAGCCCUGCUGCCGCUAUGAUACCCCCCGCGGACUCUCUCCUCAAAUAUGACACCCCAGUGUUGGUGAGCCGGAACACAGAAAAACGGAGCCCCAAGGCUCGCUCACUGAAAGUCAGCCCCCAGCAGCCUGGGCCCUCGGGUCCAGUCCCACAGCCACCCAAGGGCAAACUACCAUCAACUUCCUGUGUCCCUGAUCCUGCGAAACAGGCAGAAGAAAUCUUGAAUGCCAUCUUGCCUCCAAGGGAGUGGGUGGAAGACACGCAGCUAUGGAUCCAGCAGGUGUCCAGCACCCCUAGCACCAGGAUGGAUGUGGUGCAUCUACAGGAGCAGCUGGACCUGAAGCUGCAGCAGAGACAGGCCAGGGAGACGGGCAUCUGCCCUGUGCGCAGGGAGCUCUACUCGCAGUGUUUCGAUGAGCUGAUCCGGGAGGUCACCAUCAACUGUGCAGAGAGAGGGCUGCUGCUGCUGCGCGUCCGGGAUGAGAUCCGCAUGACCAUCGCCGCCUACCAGACUCUGUAUGAGAGCAGCGUGGCGUUCGGCAUGAGGAAGGCACUGCAGGCCGAACAGGGGAAGUCAGACAUGGAGAGGAAAAUUGCAGACUUGGAGACAGAAAAGAGAGAUCUGGAGAGGCAAGUGAAUGAACAGAAGGCAAAAUGUGAGGCCACUGAGAAGCGGGAGAGUGAGAGGCGACAGGUGGAAGAGAAGAAGCACAAUGAGGAGAUCCAGUUCUUGAAGAGGACCAACCAGCAGCUGAAGGCCCAACUGGAAGGCAUUAUCGCACCGAAGAAGUGAUAAUUUCCAUGAGUCUCAGCAGGCACUACGCCGCAUCGUAAGCCCAUUGUAAUAAAAAGCCAGUUUCCUGAGUGAACAAGCCAUCCCCUUCCCCUGAUCACCACUCACGUAAUUGUUAGAACUGUUGCCCAGUGCCGUGAAACACCUAAGGUCCGGCAGCCAGGCUCCUGGUUGGACUGUGGAAGGUGGUGUAACCCCGUGUCCAUGUGCAGUUUAUAGACUGGCCUGGGGAUCUGCCAUCUCAGUAACAGGAAGCAAAUGUUUCCCUGGAGAAAUGACUUUUGUACCAAGUCCAGUUCAUGGUUCACCUUGUACCUUGGGCUUCCCUGGCCCCAUCCUUCCACUUCAUCUCUUUAGUGUAACUCUUAGCAACUUAUUUCAGAGUUUGCUCUUAGCCUCAUCCCCACCCAAGUCAGCAGCCUAUCCUCAGUCAGCCUGGUUCUGCAAACAACAGCAGACAAACCCAUGCUUGCUGAGAGGCAAAGUCCCAGUAUCUUGAGCUCUGUCUGUAUCCCAGGCCCUCCCCACUACUCAGCUUCUGCAGGAAGGACAUGAAAGCCUGACUCUACACUCCCUAAUAGCCAUCAGUGAACAGCUAAGCAGGUAGCGACAUGUCACUGCAGUUCUAGUCAGGUUAUGGCCCCCAGAAGACUUCAAUUACAGACUAAUUUCCAUUCAGGGAAGCCCAGGGCGGGAGAGGUGAGUUUGAUGACACCCAUCAUUCAGGCAAGUGUCAGAAGUCCUGUUCUUCAGGUGGCACUAUCAUUUCCUUGCUGUUGGUGGGAAUGCCCAAAGGCGUGCCAGCAAGGACUCACUUCUUAGCAGCUUUGCCCUCCAUCCCAGUCAAGGCGUACUGCAGUAUGACCCCAAGAGCUCUUCUUACUGAAUAUACCCCACACACUCUGACCUUAUAUUACUUAGAGUUACGUCUUUGACUGUCACCCCAGGAUCCUGAGGAACUAGGUCUGCCACCUUCCUGGAAGAGCCCUUUCCCUGUGGUGUGCUGGCUUUGCCGCCCAGACAGAAAAGCAUUUAUACCCUAACGAGCCCAAGCAGGCUCAAGGCAGUUGCUGGAGCAUCCCCGCUCCUCCAGUCUCAUCACGAGUAUCUCUGAGGCCCUCGUGCUCCUACAGCUUUGUAGGCUCCCAUCCCCAGCACUGCUCAGUAAAGAAACAGACAGUCUCUCACACACACACAUACUCACACACACA